GUGGAGUGGUGGUGGAGUGUCUCAAGCCUCGAGCGUUAAAGUUUGGGAGGGUCGAUGGUCGAUCACGGGCGGCAUGCUUACAUGUUUUAGCAUAAUGGAAAUUUUUCUUAGGAUAGGUUUCAUCGGGACUUCGAAGACACUUUCAUCAUGUUAAAAUGCCGGCGUCCAGGAUUGGACUGGUGAACCAUGUCAAAGAAGCCAGACAAGCAUGAGGUGGGCCGUGCCAAAGGGAGUCGGCUGGCACGCCGAGCACGUUCUUUCAAGGAAGACAUCCUGGGAAAGAUCCACCAGAUGCGGACGCCCAGUCGAGCUGCCUCUCCACAACAGCCACACAAGGCCAGGCCUAGGGCCCGGGACAGUGAGCUGGAUGCACCUACUACCGGCCUAGCAAGUCCAGCUGGCAGUCCAAGCAAGCAGGGGGAUUCACAAGUGAACAAUGACAUGAAGCAAAUAUCCAAUGCCUUGCGGUAUUUUCAAGACUCUGUUGAGAAAAACACUUUGGGCCACCUACCUGGCUCCGCAAGCAUUGUGCUGGAAUAUGUGUUGCAUCUUAUCUCACUUCUCAAGAAAGACCUCAUAAAUGACCAGAGUUCGGUGCUCAUCUCUACAACCAAUCAAGUCUACCAGAGCCUAUCAAGGUUCAUUGAAUGGGCAGACGAUGUAAUGCUGAACAGAGAGCGGGCAACCAUGGAAGGUGUUAACCAAGUUGUCCAAUCUCUUCAAGAUUCUCUUAAGGCCUUAAUUGAAGUCAGCCAAAAGCAGUCCCAAAAUAAAGACAAAAGCAAGCACAUGGGUACCACCACUCCCAAUGGCAUCUACAGUUCCAAAGGAGACAGCAACAGCCAUCGAAACUCUCUGCCGGAGCUGCCCCUGACCCCUCGCGAGCGGCAGAUCUUGGAGUCGACGCGAAUUCCUGACAACGGAGCGGCCACGGUGGUUUCUACAGCGGUGCCCCCCAAGGGCCCCCUCUGCCACUCGGCCUCUUCUGACAGCAUUCUGAGCUCUGCCCUGCGGCCAGACUUUCCACCUCCCAAGCCACCUCUCCCACACUUAAUGCCACCCAGAAGCCAGCUUGGUGGUUCCAGCUUGGAUACAGUGGCCCCUCCCCUGCCACCGAAAAAGAAGUCUGGGACACUCAGCUCCAAUUCUAACCUGCUGGAGCCUCUGUCAGCAGCCCUUCGUUCACCACUUUUUGGGGACUGGCAAGGUAGCAGCACCAUUAGUGGUGCCAGCAGCUUCGAGUCCUGUUUACACCAUUCAGCUGACGAUCUUCUGGGCAUGUCUUCACCAGUUGCCUGGACAGCCACCACCCACAAGACAAGCUAUCAGAGCUUCAGCUACAAUGCAUGUACUACUACUGUCAGCAGCCGAAGCGACAGUGUUGACCAGCUGCUUAGUCACUCAUCAUCAUCAACACAUAUAUCAGCCAUGAAGCAGGUGGACAAGACACUGGCUUCGGUCAGCCACCAAUCAUUUGAGCUGAAGGGGUCUGCUCUUGGGACUAGUGUAGAUGAUAUCAAACCUGCACUUCCCAUCAAGCAGCGUUCUGCCAGAACAAGGACACCAUCUCAAUAUGACAAUGUCUCAGAUGCUGAGGAUGCAAUAGAUGGAGAGAGAUGGAAAAGUGAACACUGGCACAGCACACAUACCACAGAUAUGAUGGGCUGCAAGGUGAUUGGACAUGAGCCAUCAUGCCCACAACAUGGCCAGCUGACAAAUGCCUCUUCAACUAAUGUUUCCACUGCAGCUGAGGAUGGCCGACCACCACCCCUGCCUCCAAAGAAAAAAAUGAUCCAGGAGUAUAUACAGACAUUUGGCAGCUACUCACAGCCUGCAGAGCAGCACGAUUUCUUCAACAGUGGUCGCCUGUACACGUACCAAGCAGCACUCUACAAGCAAGUGCAGAUGUCUUUUGCUAGCCUGGGAAGUGACGAGUUCCUUGGCAGCUCUUUGCAAGAUGCAACUUUGGCAGCGCCGUUUGAACUGAGUUCUCCACCUGCUCUGCCGCCCAAGAAGAACAGGAGUAGCUCCCUAGGUAUCCAAGAUGGUCUCAUGCUACCUACACGCCAGUCCUAUGCGUCUUUUGGUUCAGGGACCUGCUUAGACACCCCUCAGCCCUUGAAAGCUAUUGAAGAUGCCCUGCCUGAUGAGAAUGGAGAGAGCUUGAUUGACUUGCAAGAUGUCAGUGAUCACUUGAUCUUUGGUGACAAUCCAAAUGAUGUACGAGGGCUCAAGGGAGGACCAGCUGAUGCUCUCAUAAUUCAUGCAACAGCAGUACCAGAAAACAGUGAAAAAGAGUACUUCUAUCAGGAAGCCUUCUUAACAACCUACAAGACAUUUGUGAGUCCUACUGAUCUAGUGAACAAGCUCAUCUACCGCUACAACAAGUUCAUCCAGUUCUCAGACACACGGCAAAAAUAUGCUCGGUGGGCCUUCUCACUCCUCGUUCGGGUUGUAGAUGACCUUGGGCUGAGUGACGCGGGCCCAGAGAUGGUGCGCUGUCUGACAGCAUUCUCGCACCAACUUGUGGGCCGAGGAGACCUGAGCCUGGCAAGGGCUCUGCGGGCCAAGGUGGUAGAGAAGUGGGAAGCGCACGCACAACUGCACAAUGGGGGCCCCUGGAGCUCUACAGGGGCGGGAGGAGCCCCUUCUGGUAGUGCCGGUAGCCUUGCCAACUUGCGUGUCACCACCCAGCCGGCCACCUUGCUCCAGUUCAAAUCAGAGCUCCUAGCCGAGCAGAUGACCCUGCUUGAUGCUCAUCUCUUCCAGCGUAUUGAUAUCUCCGAGAUUCUCAUUUGGGCGAAAGAGCAAAAUGAAGAUUCAAGUCCAAACCUGACAAAGUUCACCGAACACUUCAACAAAAUGUCCUACUGGGCACGUUCUAGCAUCUUGAAGCAGUGUGACGCGAAAGAUCGCGAGCGGGUGGUGGUGAAGUUUAUUAAAAUCAUGAAGCACUUGCGCAAGAUCAACAAUUUUAAUUCUUACCUGGCCAUACUGUCAGCACUGGAUUCCGCGCCAAUCCGUCGUCUGGAGUGGCAGAAAAACAUCACUGAGGGCCUCAAGGAGUACUGCGCCUUGAUAGAUAGUUCAUCAUCUUUUCGUGCGUAUAGACAAGCUCUGGCAGAGACGACACCACCUUGUAUUCCUUACAUUGGUCUGAUACUGCAAGAUUUGACUUUUGUGCAUGUGGGGAACACUGAUUAUAUCACAGACUCCAUUGUGAACUUCACUAAAUGCUGGCAGCAAUUUCACAUUCUUGAGCCUAUGAGGUGCUUCAAGAAAAAGCCAUUCACAUUUAAACGCAAUGAGCAAAUCAUCGACUUUUUCAACAAUUUUGAAGACUACCUCUCAGAGGAUGCAAUGUGGGAGAUCUCUGAGAAUAUCAAGCCACGUGCAGGCCAAAAGAAGAAAGACUACAGCUGAAGCACUUAUUAUUUACACUUUGCAUUUAUCAUGUGCAUCCCUUCAUGGUGCCUGCUUGCUUAGUUCACUUACUAGACCAGCCGUUUCAGAGCCGUGAGCGCUGUUAUAAAGCUAAGCUUAUGCAGUUUUAUGUUUACUCAUGUUCAUUUCAAUGUUGCUUUUGUUUUAUGCUUUUAUGAUUAUAGUUUUUAAGAUUUUCCUAUAAUCUAUGUAGUGUACAGCUGUGACAGCUGUGGACCAUGUAGAGUGUUUUCUUUAUUAAGUCAUUAUAAGGCAAGGCAAUCACUGGUGCUUUUGCAACAACCACGAACAGUAGGGCAAUGUAAACCUUCAGAGUGCAAUUAUUUUAUUAGACUUUUUUGUUGUUGUAUAGGUGUGUUAAUAUUGCCUAUAAUUUAUUCUUGUCAUUUAAAUUUAUUUUGGGACUCGCUUGCCCUUCCCGAUGUGAAAAGUAUGCACAAGCCUCAAAGUGUUUUUGACUUCUGACUUAUAUAGUGCUCUUGACUUAUAUAGUGCUCUAUCUAUUUAUUGACCUAUAACCAGGCAAGGCCCUUUCUUUUUUCAUGAACUUUACCAAACCUGUGACUACCAUUUAUGCAAUGUUGCCAAAAAUGUUUGAGCCCUUCAUCACUGUCCAAGCUGUUUCAUGUGUGGGACGGUGCCCAGCAGACUGAAGCACAACUUAUUGUCAUCGAAUUUAAUGUAUAAAACCUUAGUUUGAAGUGCCCAGAAUAAUCUCAUCCAGGCUGUUGAGUUAACAUAGUCUGUGGAUAAAAUGCAAAACUGUGAAUGUCUUGGCCAAGGUAUGUAGUUCUAGAGAGCACAUGGAGCUUAGCAAGUAGCAGAUGAAGAUGUUGUUGCCCCCUUGUUUCAAAUAGAGGACUUUUUCAUGUCAUUUUAAAAAAUUCUAGCUAGUGCUGUCAGGUGGCUGCUGCCCAUUGACACCAGGCACUGUGUAAUCUUUUUUUUUUUUCUAUGAAUCAAUUGUGCAUAUUCGCACUCCCUUCUAAUUUUGUCAGGGAUUACUAGACAAUGAAGAAGUGAAGCUUUUUAACAUGUUCCAUCAUUGCUCCUCUUUUGCUAUUAGAAAGCCUUGUCAGAGCUCUGCCUCCUGAGGUUACCAUAAGUAUACCAAAGAAAGACAGUGCGCUGCUGUUAUCAUGGCCUCUUCUAAUGGAAGUGAAUGACUUUAAGGUUAACAGUAAGCCUUCAUAAAGUUAUCAUAAGUAUACCAAAGCAAAAAGGAUACAUAGUGCACUGCUGUUGGCAUGGCCCCUUCUAAUGGUUAAGGAUUACUUUAAAGGGACCCUGAAAUGGUUUUUGAAGUUUUGUCAGCGUUUAGGCUAGAACAUCAUUAAAUCAUUCACACCGCAAAUUUAGUGACAUGCUGUGUUUGAAGUUUGCUAUGAACAAUUAUAUUUAUGUCUUUCUUCUCACCCCUGCCUUAACUCAUGAGGCAUGCUGGCAUCCCUGGCAAUCGUAGCACUCUCAUGAGCACACUCAGCAGUUCGAGCUUCGCCCAUUCAUGGCCUCGGAGAUUGCUUGCUGACAGGUUGCAAGUGCAUCUCAAGAGACCAUAGCUCAAUGCGCUCGGCAGCACACAUGCUGUCUGGCAACAGAAACGAAGAUCAAGGAGUGGUUGAUAUCUGCUCUGACAGGUGCCACCACUCUACCAGCCAAUCAGAUAAGCAGCCUAGGUGACGUCGCACUACCAGAAGAUGUCGUACUGUGAAUGGGUGAUUGAAAACGCAUUUGGCUGAGCUGCAGUGAUCUGCAGUGAUUCACAGCUGUAAAGUGUUGUAAAAAACUACACAAUUUAGGCAGAGAGCUUACAUCAGUCUGUAAAUUACCCUUAGGACUUGGUCUACUGGCCUAAUGUGUUUGUAAACAUCAAACUGUUUUAAGGUCCCAUUAAGGUCAACAGUAAACAUUGCAGUCCUGUUACACGAAAAUUCUAAUAACUUGAUAUUUCUUCAUUUUAGAAAAUAAUUUGAACUGCACAGCUGGCCUAUGUAAACAUUUAUUUUAAUAGUAAACUCUCAUGCACCUUGUCCUCUCCCCAUAUCAACCCUAGCGCAAGCAGUGCCAGUUAGAAACAUGAUAGGGCCCUGACGUUAAAGUGCAGCAAGCACUGCACAGGUAAAUCUUAUGAGCUCUGUGCAUAGGAACUUUAUGCUAUGAUCAGAGGGGCCCUCCUUAGUUUUGAACUCUGUUUUAUUCAAACUCAUUCAAUUCCUCUGCAAUUGAGGUUAGGUUAUGUUAAUACGCACACUUUUCAAAAGAUUUGUUUGAUUCAUUUUGGCUAGUUCCUCAAGUUCUGGGGUUUGGCUUUAGGGCUCCUUUAAAGAUUCCCCUACCAUUUGUGAAAAAGUAGAAAUGCCACAUUUUUUCUAUUAUAACUCGUUCAAGUAGUCAACCAGUCUAUUACUUUCUGGUAGAGCAGUGGUUAGCUACAAAAAGAAAAGAAAGAUCUGCAUUAUCAAGAGUAUAGCCCUAAAAAGCUUUUGUUAUUGUGGAUGCAUUUGUCAUGCUACUAAACAUUGUGUCGGAAUGCUAUGAAAACAAAAAAGAUGGCAUUUUUCAUUGUAAGGAAAUUGAAAUGUAAUACACUAUUGUGUUUGAAACCAAAAUUUUUUUCAUCAAUUUUCAGAUCAAGGGAAAGUCUCCAAUAGUGCAAUUGUCAGGCAGUAGCUGCAUUUGUACGUUCCUCUGGCAUUAAUCAACUUCCUUAAUUGGCUUUCUACCCUCUCUUGAGAGGGCACACUUGAGUCUGCUGGGUUACCUUGCUCAUGCAUCAGAACUCCUUGAUGCAGUGCAAAAAUGCAACCAAAACUGAGCAGGAUAUGGUGCUGUCAUCUAGUUGUACUGACACACAUUGUAAUGAAAUUGAGGAGUCAUAGUGUGACCAUGUGUUGCUGUAAUAAUUGUGCACUCAAGUGUAAGUGUGGAAUGCCCUUUGCGUCCUUGUACACCAGUGCACAUAUGUCUUCUAACCAUGUCCAGUUUACUUUCGUGUCCCUAUAUUAAUGCAUUAAGAUUAGCAUGUUACCUCUUUUCUAAUGACACCUCUGACAUCUCGUGUGAGCUGCACUGCAUCUUGUGCAAGAUUGCGUGUAAUAAAACAAUGAAGCCAAUGAAAGCUAGAAAACAAAGUGGGGGUGGUGGCAGAUAAUGGCAUAUGUGGUGCUUUUAAGUGGUCACUCGAAUAAUUGGACUUUAGAUCUCAUGAGGUGGGCAGUUCACUGAACCUUUCAUGUUUGCCGUAGUGCAGUGUCAGACUGCACUUUUUCAGUCAUUAACAUGCACUAGUAGCUAUGGAAUGUCAGGUAUGCUUGAUUACUUAAUUUUUUAGCUGCACUUUAAGAAGUGCAGCAUUUUUUUUUUCAUUAAUAACUGUCGCAUAUAUAGACAUGUUUUGAUAUCAGGUGUGCUAAAAUAGAGAAUCUGCAGAAUUUCGGUGUUUAGAUUGAUAGAUAAUUCAGUGAAUUUGUUGGUUAUUUGCGUACCAAAAGUGAUUUAACUAUUUAGUGCCGUGGGGAGAUGUGUUUUGAACUUAUGUGAACAAAUAUUACUUAAUUUCAUGUGAGCUAGAACCAGGCUUGUUUUUUUCCCUCUCUCUUCUCAUUAUGAAGAGUGUUCUGCUCUGCAUUAAUGAUUUUUGCCUGCAAACCAUGCUAUGUGUGCUGUGAGGGUGACAAUGCUAGACCAUGUCUGCAGUGCCAUUUUCUUUUCCUCUUUGCUCCAAAGAAACCUACUCUGUAUCUUAUAGUCACUGAUUUUAAUUGGCACCCAUGUGUGAUUUUCUUUUUGAGAUAAAGAAAAAGACCCUGUUUUCAUAACUGCACUUGGUUAUCAAAGAUAAGAUGCUCUGGUGAUAUUUUAGAGCUUUCAAUUAUUCCCCUCCUUUAGGAGCAAUCUAUGGUUGAACCUCGUUAUAUCAAACACAGCUAUAGUGUCCAACUAUUCCAUAUGUUAAAACCAAUAAUUACUUUAAUAUUGUUCUUAUGAAAUUUUAUUAGGUGCAUGAAUCUUGAUUGGGGCAUGUUAAGGUCGCCCUGGAUUCCCUAGUAAAACAUGCCGUCCGAACAUUUAUGAGUGCUUCUGUGCAGCACAUGGCUGUCAUAUGCAGCAGGCCUUGUGAGGUAUGCAUCUGAUGCACUGCAGGCAUUAUGCUUGCAAGAGGAGUGCUUGCCUGGCAGUCUUGGUUCGAAGUAGAUGCUUGCAUCAUAGGGGGAGAAGGGGGAUUCAUGUGCUUGAAGCAAUGGAACACCAUGAAUUAUAAUCUUUUGGAAUUCAUUAUGAGCAAUGCUGUCACACCUCAUGUCAAACCUCAGUAGUGGGCUGAGGUGUCACACUUCAGCCCACUACUCAGGUGUGACACCUCAGUAAUGGGCUCUUAGUUCAAGUGAUGUGGAGAUACCACUAAAAUAGUUUGUAACCUGGCACGUAUAAAAGGCACCAGCUAAGCCACUAAUGCAUGAUAUACGAGAUAAUGUCAGAUCACAAACUCCAUUGUUCAAACGUCACAUUACCUGAUCCUUUGUGUGUUUUGGUGAAGAAAUUAUAGUGUGGAACCCUAUGUACAAAUCAGCUACUCAAUGCUGUAACAGCUAUGACAAUGUAAACCUUGAGCUGAGAAAAAUUGGGAGUACAUAAGCUUAAUUAACGUUCAAGUAGCUACCUUGUAAAACCAGUAGACAAUAGAAGCCGGCAAAGGAAACAAUAGAAGAAAUAAUAAACUUCAAUUAUUUAAGUUGCCAAAAUUAAACUUAGGUUUAUGUUUGGAAUGUUAAUAAAUGAAAGGGAAAUGAAAUUUAAGGGCAACUUGACCCUUGUCAAAGCCAAACCCUUACUUAGGCACGUAGAAGACAGUAUGCACUGUUGGCAGAAUGGGAAUUGUUUUUUUUAUAGUCUUUGUGCGUAGGUACGUAAGACUAACAAGCUCAAGCUGAAGCUUCGCUCCCCACUUUGAGCCUUUGCAUGACGAAACUGGUCAUGCAAACACCACAAAUGUGUGUCGCUUGCGUCACGCAGAAAUUAUUUGGCAUGAGACAGUGGCAAGGUGUCCUUUCUUAUCAUCAUCAGCCUGACCACGCCAACUGUAGGGCAAAGGCCUCUUCUAUGAUCUGCCAAUCAACCCGGUCUUGUGCUUUUCGCCGCCACAUUAUACCUGCGAACUUUUUAAUCUCAUCGGCCAACGUAACGUUCUUUCCCCCCUUCGCGUGUUUGCCUUCUCUGGGAAUUCAGUCAGUUACCCUUUAUGACCAGCCGUUAUCCUGCCGACAUGCUACGGGACCUGCCCAUGUCUUGAUUUCAACUAUGAUAUCCAUAACCAGAGUUUGUUCCCUGACCCACUUUGCUCUUUUUUUGUCUGUUAAGGUUACACCUAUCAUUUUCCUUUCCAUUGCUCACUGCGUCAUCCCUAAUUUGAGCUGAACCCUCUUUGUAGGCCUCCAGAUUUACGCUCUGUAGGUAAGUACCGGCAAGAUGCAGCUGUUAUAUACCUUCCUCUUGAGGGUUAGUGGCACAUCAUGAUUUGAGAACGCUUGCCGAAUGUAAUCCACUCCAUCCUUAUUCUUCUAGGUAUUUCACUCGCAUGGUUUGGCUCCACGGUUAAUGCCUGUCCCUAAGUAGACAUAUUCCUUUACAACUUCCAGCGUCUCUCCACCUAUUUCAACGUGCUGUUUUCUGCCGAGACUGUUGCACAUUACUUCAGUUUUGUGCAUAUUAAUUAAUGGCGGUCCAACAAUUUGAAAAAGAAAGAUGUAUUACUUGGUGCUUCAAAAUAUGCUGGGUAUGAUCAUGGAAAUGUGUAGUGCAGGAUGAGAUGCUAAGUGUAAGGACGUUCAAUCCCCAAUACCACUCUGCUUUAGGUGGCUGUGGAAGCAGUCAUGGCACAGCCUCUGGCCAUAGCUCACUUGCUUGAAACAACUUCAUUUUCAUCAUUUGAGUCUGUUAGCACGGGAAACAGUUCUAGGACAGCAUUAGAUAUUACAAAGACAGUUGCUACAAACCUAGAUAUGACCAAGACAGUUGUUAACUUCCAACACUUUUAUGUCCAAAAACAUCCCAUGAAUAGGCGGAAUGAGCUUGUACUAAUGCAUUUGAAGAACUUGUCAUCACUUAGCACAAGCAUGUACAGAUUGUGAAGUGGUCUUUCAUUGCCUUUUGGUAAUCUGCACUUCCAUCACUCUAUACAGUGUACACCUUGUACAUGAUUGUGCUAUGUGAAACAUGUGAUGCUUUAUUUUCAAAAACAUGUGAUACUUCUGAAAAUAAAAUUAUUGGAGGUUAGCACCUGUAUGUCAUAUUUACUGCUGUCCUUGCGUUAGUUCGCACACUAAAGGCUGCAAAGGAAUAUCAGCAUACUCAAACCUAUGUCAUUUAAUUGUGAUCAGUAGAGCUUAUUUAUUUAUUUAAAGUACUUGGGCAUAACAUUGAGAAACCUAUGUCAUUUAAUUGUUAUUAGUAAAGCUUAUUUACUUAAAGUGCUUUUGCCUUUAAGCGUGUCACAACUACUGAGCAUCGGGUCACAUCGCCUUUAGUCAUCUUCUUGCACAUAGUUUGGCAAGCAAGUGACAAAAGGGUAUGACACAAAUGCUUGUUGUGUCACCAUGUUACAUUACUCUCCUUGUUACACAUUUUGUGCCUUCCAUUUAUUUGCUAAUUGCAAACUCAAUCAAAUGUGUUUUUGUCAUAUAUUAACAUGCCGAAAAAUUUGAGUUAUGACAAGCUGUUGUACUCAUUGUUAUAACGAGGUUCAACAUUAUUUAAACUAGCAUACCGAUAGGCAGGCCUACACUCUCUUAAUAUGGUGCAUUGUGGCUGAGAUUGAGCUGAUCUAAGAUACAGUAAUUUCUAUGAGUGGACAUAGCAAUUGUGAAAUGGUGGUUCAUGCUGGAUGAUUUCUGCGUAUACUUGAGCCCACUUAUAUAUAGACUUCCUCCGCUCUUGAACAUUAUAUAGGUUCAUGUCUGCUGUCACCUAUCACUUGAAAUAUGUUGCUAAUUGGUUAUGGCUGGUGCAUAUGCAUGGAAUUCUUUCUAGUCAUUCAACCCUUUUUAUCGCACACAAAAAGCUGCCUAGGCCGCUGGGUUAAUGUAGCUUCCAAUUGCGGCGGCUUCAGCAAGAACAGUUAGCUUGCCUGUGCACCUGUGCAAUAGCAAUAUCAUAGCCCCUUUAUCUGAAAAACAAAGGACAUAUAUGUCAAACUGCAAAAGUGCACAGCCUUAAUGGCAGUGUGGCUUUUUUUUUUUUUUAAUGAUGCAGGUUGGUUUGGCUUAUUUCUUUUCUAAUAGAAAGCAGCAUUUGAAACAUGUAGACCAUGGGAAGGGAGAGGAGGUGCACAUCAUGACAGAACUUGGGCAGCAAUCACUUAGAAUAUUGUGAUCUGAAAAUCGGAACAGAUUGUUUACUGCAGAUAAGUGUUGUACAAGAGUGCUUUGGCAUAAACCAGGUCAUGUAUGGCAUAAACUGUCUUUUACAAGGCCACAACAUAGGGUGGUCAUAAUGUAUGUGAUCAAUAGCAAUAGCAUACACAGACCAGCGAGUUCAUGAGCACUGAUAACUGUGCAGAUUAAUUUGAGAAUGUUGACCAUAUGGUGUAUAGAAUAUGUUUGUAAGUACUUGUCAAACCUUUCCAUCAAGUGGUUCGAGCUGACGCGAGACGCUUGUGUGCACUAAGUGUUGCUAUCUUUACCUCAAAAGACCACUACCUUGAAAUUCGUUGUGCCACGUGCUCUGCAUCUGUAUCAUAGCAUGCACACCGUAAACUGCGCUGCAUAUUUUAUGUUUAAGCAGUGUUUUCCAAGUUGCUUGCACAGAAUUAUUACAAUUUGUUUGGCCAAGUGCGUAUGUCUGUCUCAUAAGGUUAAUUACUCAGUGGUGCUCACAACAAACUGCAAAGUUUCUCAGUGGUUAUCAUCCCCUAGCAUAAUCAUCAACAGUGACUGUUCAUGCAGCAGUGCUGUGAACUGUAUAUUUGUGGCAAAAUACUUUUGAAUGCUACUGUCAUAGCUACAGUUGUCUAACUAUGCAGCUGACAGUUUAUCGACCUUUUAAAAUAUGAUUGAGCAAGGUUUUGUUAAAGUUAAAGCAAUACACUUAAAAAUAUAGCACCGCUCAUUUAAUCAAUUGCUUUUCACAAAAUGAGCAGUAUGCAUCAUCUUCUGCUGGCAUUACGCUUGAGGCCCGUGUACCUAGAUGUAGGUGCACAUUGAAGGGACUGAAAACCAAUUUUUAUUCUGCCAUUUUUUUUUUUUUUUUUUUGCGGAACGGAAAGCUUACCAGUCUAAUCUCAGAAUGGCAGUCAAAAACUCCUCCAAGCAUUUGUUAUAGGAAUUUUUCUAUCUACUGUGAAUAUGAAGUCGUAUACUCACAUGCUGCAAACAGUGAGUGCAGGAGUGGUUUGUGUUCGAGCGUAGUGGUUUACUGCGCAUGCAUACACUUUAUGUGCAUGCUCUGCGGCUCGGUUUGGUUCACUAGGGGCCGCGACGGCAGCAUUACUUCUUACUGUGCAACUCCUUUUGUGUUGUAAGCUGCGCAGAAUUGAGCGAGGCUGGAUAAUAAUAUACAUACUCUAAUUUUGAGGGGUGGCGGGCAUGACAAAACCGGGCAACGCAACUACGUGCAGGAAAGUGAUAGCCUCCAUCCUUCAUAAUUCAGCUGUUCUCUUCCGCUAGGCUGUGCAACAUGACGGAUUUUAUUACCUUUAAGUACGAUUUAAAAUAUAAAUCCUAUUCACAAUGCAAAAAAAAAAAUGUUGGGAGUCUGUGACUAUAUUUCAUGGUCUUUUCAUUUUUACUUAGGUCUGAUCACAUCUGGCCAGUUUUCAAUUCCUUUAAGGAACCCGGGUAGGUCGAAAUUUCCGGAGCCCUGCACUAAAGUCUCUUAUAAUUGUAUCGUGGUUCAGGGAUCUUAAACCCCAACAGUUAUGAUUAUCUGGAGGCAUUGUUUACAGUCUCUAGUAGCUACCUGCGAGCAGUUGCACUGUUUCGUAAGAGUGUGAAGCUCGUUGAAAAGUGAGUUAGCUCACCAAAUUGAUGCCAUUGGUGAGUGUCAGUAGGGUUGCAUUCUUUUCACUUUUUAAACAUUGCUUACACCUGUGGCAGGCGUCUGAAUUCAGUGGCGUUUCUUUUCAGAGUAGAUAUGUUGAAUUUACACACAUAUUAGUGCAUUAUAAAACUGCAAAAAAGAAUCUGAGAAUGGUUAUUGGAUAGUUUACUCAGUUUUGCUACAAACGAUUGCAUUUUCUGUGUCACUAUAUGUACAUGCCGUGAUCAAAGUGUUAUCUCCACUUGCUUGUAAUCAAGCUACAUUUGAUGAGCUUAUUCAUUUUCGUAUAUUCAAUGCUAUUUAUAAAAAAAGGAUCAUGUACUAGCAGCCUUUAUGCAACCAAUGAUAGUGGCCUUAACACAUAGACAUGACAUUAUUGUCUCUCAAACUAGUGUGCAACAUGCCACUUUGGUAAGCACACACCAUGCUGCUGUGUCAGCCAGAGUUGCACUCUGGAUUUUGCAAGCCAAAAAUACUCUACAUAAAUUUUGGCUCCCCACAAUGCCACAUCUAUGGAGGCCCACGAUGCAACUGAUUGUAGAAAAUGCACCAGUUGUUUGCACAAAAACGUGCAUACCUAUAGUUCUUCAAUUUACAUUAAAGGGGCCCUGCAGCACUUUUCUGAGUAAUGAUGGAAUGAUCUAUCAAAGUUCAUUGCCUCUGUAAUUGAAAGUUUUUUCGAAUUUGUCUAGUAAAAGUGGGAUUACAGGGAUUUGUCUCUCGCUUUAAGCACUUUUUCAUUAUCUUUUUUAGUAUUAAGCAUGCUGAAAGCUAGGGAAGUGUUGACAAACGGGUAAGAAGCCACGUCAACAAGGUUUGUCAUGACCUCGAGCACUUUUCUUUAAAUGUGUGCAAAUAGUGAAAUUUCACCUCAAAUCAGCUUUAAAUCGAAUAGUGCUGAAUAGUGGCCAAAAGUAUAAAAUAUCAAAUUGACUAUCGACUUCGGAAAGUUUUAUUAAUGGUUGAAAGAAACCAAGAAUAUAUACAUAUAUAUGUAUGUGUGUUCAUGUCUUCAAGGAAGUAACGCUGUGAGUGAGUGUUAUCGAUAACGAAACACUACAAAUUCUCAUGCAGAAACGCGAGCCGUUCCAGAUGACCUGGCUUCAGGCUCUCUCACCGUGAUGUUCUGGUGUUUCCUGAAGUUGUAACCAUGCGCUCACUAGGCACCUCAGUACAUGAGGGAGCAGGAACAUAUUGCAAAGCAAUUAUGGCGAUACCCGCUAUAGUGCAGCUCCAUUCUCUUUCUACUAUUCAAAGGAUUACCCUUUCUUGGGAUCAUUAGCUCGAAGCAUUUUUAACCUUUUGGCUAUAAGGUCUGAGCUCAGUGUACGGGUUAUUUUUGACGUAGCAGUUUCACAAUCUCCCGGACUGUUCCUCGACUUUCUUUGCUGGAGCCCUGACAUACGAAAAUGACAUAUCUUUUAAAAUAAACGUGCACUCGCAUUUGAACCAGAAUAUAAAGGGAAUGUAAAGGGAAAAGGAAUAUAAAGAGAACAUAAAGGGUGUAGGUACGUGGUGACACUCCAUGGCAGCCGUGCUAACUAUGCAGCACAUGAUUGCUCCAAAUGGCCAAUCACAGUGCGCCUCCGCCUAUAAUGUAGUCUGGGCAGUCUAUCGCCAAAUUCACAGAGAGAAGAGCGAGUGAUUUCUUGCCAUCUUUGAAAUGUAAAUGUAAAUUCCUCGCUGCGCACAGUGUUAUAAUAUUUGGCUCACAUGUUCACCGGAGCCUUAACCACCCAUUGGCAGCAUUUACUUGCCAUGUUUAAAUAGUGUUGCAGGGCCCCUUUAACGUGAGCCUGUUACAUCGUGUGUGCCUUUUUCCUUGCUCCGGUAGUUGAAAAUAAUCUGUCCUCUAUUGUGGCAUGUAUUAUAGACCUUCGGUGAACAGUACCACAGGUCGGAUUCAUGACAUCUGUGAUGACAUAAUUGACAGGAAAAAUAAAGGAGUAGAUACCAUAAAAACAAACUUAAAUGCCAGCACUAAAUGAACAGUUAUUAUGUGUAAUUACGUGGAGGGCAAUGUGCAAUCACUCCAUAGCUAGAUUCUCAGCAUGCAGUAGUCCCGAGUGUAUGCUUUGUAGUCUUCAUUAAACCACUGGAACAGUGCAUUGGAAUAAUAUCUGAAUUGUUUGCUGUUUAAUUUACACUGGUAUUGCAUUGGAAGAACUGGUACAGGAAAUUCCACUAAAGAACCUGUCCUAUUUUGCAUACACACUAGCCUGUUGGUGAACAAAAUUGGAAAAUUUAUGAGAAAACUGGGUAUUUUUAGUCCAGCGUGUUGCAUAACCAGUCAUGUGACUAGACUGAGCACUUGCACCGAUUCGUCAGUUGUUAGUCCUCAAGCUUGUUCUGCUUGACAAAUGUUGCCACUGCUUGCAUGAAGACACAUUCGUACUGUCUUCAUUCAUACUAAGCAUCUUAUUAUUAGGGUCAUGAUAAGUGGGCUCAACUGUACCACAACAUUUACAGCAACAUUCACUUUAAUUACAAAAUCAGCAUGUUUGAAUAAGUACUUGCAAUUGCCAUAUUUUUUAUUGUUACCCUGCCUUUAAAGGUUAAGAUAAUCUGUCCUUAUAUAGCAGAUACAAUGCGUGCCUUGGUAAUUAUUGUUGCUCUUUCUCUUUCAUACCUUUUACUUGAUGAAAUUGUGCAGAGCUCGCUGGAAGCUACAAAAAGCAUCUAUAUGGUUCAGGCAAAAUGGUGCAAUUUUUCAACUCGAACUUCAUGAAUAACUAAUAGGCCAUUUAAGUUAAUAUGGAGAGAUAUUCACUGGAAUAUGCUUGUAUUCUUUUUAUUAUUAUUGCUAUUAUUUGAACCUCUGCCUAUCAUGUUGCACUCUUUUCAAGUCUAUGAAUAUGCUGUAUCAGCUCUGCUUCAGUUUCGUGUUCUCAAAUUGUCUUCGCCCUUUUCUUCCCCCCUCUUUUGUAAUUUGUGGUCUUGAACUUGGGUUUGUGAAUGCUUAUUGAUUGAUUACAGCAUGUUGUAACUAACGACCGAGUUUGUAUGCAGUGAAUUAAUGUGACAAUUUUGUGUGCAAGAUAUUCAUGAAACCAUUCUUCAAUAGCAUUUUGGCAUAAAAGCUAAGGCUGGUGCAUGUUCAUUUUCUUUAACUAUCGUUCAAUAUGACUGGUGUUCAACCUGUUAAAAAAAGAACAAUCAGGAGGAGCUUAACAUAGUAAGCUGGUGCUCUUAUGUUGCAUGUUAUGCUACAGCACUUGAUCAUGUAAAAUCUUGUGCCUAGGCGAAUGUUAGCAUAUGGCAUUUCCAGCAUUGCAGUCAUUUUCACAAAGCCUCAAAGGUGCACAGCUUGCCGUGCGCAUCGCUAUUUCUGCUGAAGCAUGCAAAGGGCACAGUCAUAUGCUUUUGCAGCUAUCUACUGAAAAAAUUACCUUUGGUGCUGUACAGUUAUCACAAACUACAUACAUGACAUAUUUCUUAUGAAUACCAUGCAUGGUGCAUUAAUGUCAUUUUUCCUUUCGUCUCGCUUGUGCUAUGUACGUCCUGGCAAGCUUUGUACAUAUUACAAAGGCCAGUCUGAAAAGAAUUUUUUUCUUUUAGCAUAUGUUAUGCACAAAGCAAUGUAAAUAUAUUGCAAGAACUUAAAACUUACGGGGUAACUUCAGGUACUUUUCAGUGAAGCAUAUCCCAAAAUCAUAGCUUUAUUCUUUCAGAUGUUCUGGAAGUAGUAGUUGUGAUAAAGAAAAACACUUAUAUGGCUCUAACGAUGACAAGCAGCAAAACACAUGUCAGAAUAGUAAUACUAUAUAAUAAUAAAUAAAUAUAUAUACAUAUAUAUAUAUACUGCUUGUCAGUAUGUGUAUGUGAUAUAAAACUAACGUGCCCAAGAAUGAAAUGUCAGUGAAGUUUAUUGUUGAUGUCAUCUAGCGCAUGUCUUUUGCAUGUUUAUUUUGGUGAAGAAGAAGGAGUGGAGUGUUUGUGCUUUUGUGUUGCAUGUGUGUCUGUGUUGCCCCAUUGUUGCUGGCAUUCGCACGUCUUUAGUAGGUGCUUAUAGGAAAAGCUGAAUAGCAAGUCCUCAUGUAAGUGUUUACUGCCGUACUGAUGUGGGCCUUCAGCCAUUUUUAAUAUUGUUCAAGGCACAACAGUGAAUGUACAAUUUGUUUUCCAAAUGCAUUAUUAAAGGUGUACCUUGAGUUUUCAUCAGCA